AUGCGCAAAACCGUGGACACGAAACACGAGAGGGAAAACGAGCACGACGUCCCGUCGUCAUCCUUGGGAGGAGGAGGAGGAUUAAGAGGAGGAUCGAUGAUGAAAAAACAGAAGCAUUACGCCGCGACGACAAAGACGACGACGAAAAUGAUGAGCAACAACACUCCGUUUUCAACGUUGCCGUAUUAUAAACACUUGCCUCCGUUACACAACCAGGACGAGUGGGAGAAAGAGUGGGAGCAGUUGCGAGCGGCGAUUCAGUGCGUGUUCGAAAACGCGACGAAACACUUGUCGUUCGAAGAGCUGUCGAACGUAGUGUAUAGGAUGGUGCUGAGCGGGAGUUCGACGACGCGGUUUAUGCGGGAGAAGUUGAAAAAGGAGUUAAGGAAAAGAGCGUGGAUGAUUAAGGAAGAGCUGAAAAGGAUGGAGAGGACGACUUUUGCAAGUGGUGGUGAAGGAGACUACGGCGGCGGGUACGAGGAAGAGGAGGAAGAGAAGAGCGCGUUGGCGUUUUUAGAAGCUAUGAUUAGGAAAUGGAGCGAGUUUGAGCAACAAGUGGAAGUGAUUCGGGACGUGUUCAUGCACAUGGAGAGGAAAAAGUUGGACGACGGCGACGCCGCGAACGGGAGCGGCGGGAGUUACGCGGGGAGAGGCGCGCCGGCGACGACCCCGGCGCAAAGGAGAGAGAAUGAAAAGAAGAAGAAAAAGUUGGGCGUGCGAUCGUUAGGACGGGAGAUUUUUUCGCAGAAUAUGUUUGGGAUACCUUCGAAGAUUGAUCUAGACGACGAGAAAUACGCGCUCGAAGCGAGGAAAAGUACGAUUACCGCCCACUUGCAAGCGUGCGUGAAAAUGCUGCUCGAUCGCGAAAGAAGAGAAAUGCAAAGACGAAUCAUGGAAUACGAGAAGACGGAGGAGGCUGAAAAUGCUCCGGUUUCGCUCAUCGCCGACGAUGAGAACGACGACGAGAACAUCGUUGACGACGAUGUGGAAAGAAGAGAGGUGAUGGUAGCGGCAUCAGCGGCGGCGGCGAGGGCGGCAAAAAGCAACGAGAACGAAGAAAGCGCAUCGACAAAGAGGAGAAGCGUGAUCAAACGCACGGCAGAAAUGUUUUGGACGCUCAGCGCGCGAGCGAGCGAGUGUGGGUACGAAGACAUUUACGAGAAUAUCAUCGCCUCUGAGUCCGUUCUCCAGGCGGACGAGGUAUACACAACGUAUACCUUGAGCAUCGCCGAAAGCGCGCGAGACUGUUCGCAGUAUUUGCGAAGGUGUAAGACGCUUCUGAGACACGAGAAAUAUCUCGUCGCGGAUACGAUGGCGUCGAAAUCAGACACCGCGAAAAGGAUCAUUCGCACCAUUCAAACUGCAAUGUUCGGCAUUAAGAGUCAAGCUCGCGAACAUGCGUUUGUGAGAGGAUUCUUUGCGCUGAUGAUUAAUGAUGACAUGAAUAUGAAUCCGCAAGACGAUCUCGAUUUGCGUUCGCACGAAGAGCUGGUAGUCGUCGAUGGCGUCACGACGACGGCAAUGAUACCGCAAACAACAUCAACUAAUAAUAAUAAUAAUAAUAAUAAUGCAUCAACGAGGGUUAUGAAUUUGAGCGACGAGGUGCGAUAUGCGGACGUCCGUCUCGCGUACGAUUUGUUUGCAAAAUUAACCAACGAAGACGGACUCGACACUUUGAGAUCGGCCUUGUACGUUCGCGUCGAAGAGUUGGGCAACGCCAUCGUCGUUGCGAACGAAAAGAACCCCAUCGAAUUCGUUCGCGCGACGAUACUUCUGAAGAAUAAAACAGAUAUGGUCAUAAAAAAAGGAUUUCGUGGCGAUAAAACGUUCACCAACCGCGCGUAUGCCGCGUUCGAGCACUUUUUGAACGAAAACAAGAGGUCGAGCGAGUUUUUAUCGUUGUAUUUGGAUCAUUAUCUCCGCGGUAAUCUCUCUGUCGAGGACAUGGAAGUAGAAGAUGAUCAGAAGAAAACAACGACUACGCAGCAAAUAUGGAAAGAAGCCGGCAAAGCGACCAUUGUUACGACAUCCGACGCGGCUAUCGACGCGUGCAUAGCCAUCUUUCGAUUUUUGCGAGAAAAAGAUACAUUUGAAAUGUAUUACCAAUUGCACUUGUCCAAGCGCCUGUUGGCCUCCAAAGCCGUAUCAGACGAUCACAGCGAACGCGACGUGGUAUCAAAACUCAAGCUCGAAUGUGGGUACCAAUACGCGCAAAAGGUUGAAGUGAUGUUGAACGACGCGAGUUUAUCUAAAGCGAUAACGAGAAAAUUCAACGAACUCGUCGAGCAUAGCCAACGCGGUGGCGAUUAUAACACGAGGAGCAGACUCAUCACGACUGACUACAUCGGAAAAGAUACAGGUAACGUGCACCCAGACGUAAUUCUGGGAGGCAGAAAGAUGAUGAGAGAUGAACGGUUUUUUGAAGUUACCAGGAAAACAGAACUCGGCGUGAAGGUGUUGACAACCGGGUCUUGGCCGUUGACAAAAUUGAGCAAAUUGAAGUUUCCGAAAAAUUUACCGCGCACGUGUCAAGAUAUGCAAAAACUCUUCGUGAAUCAUUACGAAGCGAAUUACGGGGCCAGGCGCAUCGCGUGGCGUCCGGAUUGCGGCACUGCUGAGCUCCGAGUUCAGUUCAACUCGGGCGAAAAGCUGUUAAUCGUCAGUACGAUGCAAAUGUGCAUCUUGGAGAUUUUCAACGACCACGAAGCGGUAUCCUUGCGCCAAAUCUCCAAAAUCUUGGACGUGGAAUACGACGCAUGCAUCAAAGCUUUGCACAGCAUGGUCUUCUCUAAAGAGAAGAACGUUUUGCUUCGAAAUAAGAAGACAUCCAUGUCUCAAACGAAUAACAACAACAACAACGAAGUUACUUCUAUGGACAUCGGCAACGAAGGGAGAAUUUCCAAAGACGACAUCUUCAUGUUCAACGAUAACUUUGAGUCCAAGCACUACCGCAUUAAAAUCGCCUCGGUGUCCACGUCCAAGAAAGAAACCGUUGAAGAGGCGAAAAGAACCGCAGAAAUCAUUCACGAAGAUCGAAAACCAGAAAUUGAAGCCGCUAUCGUUCGCGUUUUGAAAGCGAAACGAAAAGUCGAGCACAACGCGUUAAUCGCUGAAGUUGCCGUAGCGCUUCGCAGCCGAUUCAAGGUUGACGUAGGGGAAACGAAAAGACGCAUCGAACGGCUCAUCGAGCUCGAAUACGUCGCCAGAGACGAUGAAGAUCGAAAGAUUUAUCGGUACUUGUGUUAA